AUACGCUCUCUUCAUGACCUAUUUUGGCAUUCGAGUGUAGUCAGUGCGCGAGAGUCCCGGUUUCACGACCUUUAGUUUUGUCUACGAUAUAAGAGAAUAUUCUCUUAUAGUGAGAUACUGUUUAAGAGAAUUCUCUCUUAUACCGUAGCCAACACGAUAUAACAGAAAGCCGGAUUUAAGAGAGUGAAAUUGGCUUGUACCGACCCUCUCUUAAACCGUAGCCGCCACUGAAGCGGACGAGCGUGUUGGUUUCUGUUUUCAGUCUACUCGCUUCGCCGUGUUUACCGGGGGCGAGCGAGAGCACGUGUGCGUGUGGUGGCCAAGGGUUGUUUUCUGCCGUGACGUUUCUCUGCCGUGACGUUUCUUUUUGGCACGUGACGUUUCGUGGCGUGACGUAUUGGACUGGAGAAGUUUCGCGUCUACGUUUCCCCUGCUUUCGGGGCGACAUGGAUUCGCAUCCAAAUCUCGGAAAAGGGCCUGCCGACGGGAUCCGUACGUCGGUGGAUGCCUCGAUCGCCGACGGCGGCGGCAGCAGCGGUGGUGGCGGUGUCCCUCCCUCCGCCACUGUGGCGGCGCGCCUCUGCCGCAAUGGCAUUGGCAGCCCAGCAGGACCAGCAGAACCCGCCGCCGCAGCAACAGCAGCCGCCGCAGCAGCAGCCGCAACAGCAGCGGCAGCAGCAGCAGCAGACGCAGCAACUUCAACGUCAGCAGCAAGAAGCGGCAGCUGGGGCCGCAGCCGCGGCGGGGUCGGCGGUCGGCGGGGAUGAGGCACGGCUGGCCGGCGGCAUGGCUGGUUUAUCCGUGGAGGGCCUCGGUGGGUCGUCUGCGGUGGCCGGGGGGAACAACCUGGGUGCCGGUGCGGCGUCGGGGGCGCCGGGUGCGUUGCAGCUUGUGAUGUUGCAGCAAGAUAACGAGAAUCUCGUUGCGAAAGUAUCGGCUUUGGAGCAAUCCCUGCAGCAGUUGCUGAACAACCAAGGUGGGGGCGCGGGUUCGCACGUGGUCGGCCCGCAUGCUGCUGAUGGCGCGGGAGCCGCGGUGGCGGUCGGUGCGGGUCUUGGUGCAGCUGCUGCUCCGGGGUCGGACGCUGAUCGCCAGCGUUGCUUCGCAAAAGCGGAAUUCGAGAGUACUGCUUCCGCUUGGCGUGCGGGACGUUUGAUGUGGGCGCUGCGUGGUAAGCGGGGAAUUGACGUUCCCAACAAAGAGACCCUGCAAACAAUGAUGGGGGGGACCGUUACCGGCACCGACAAGACCUUGCAGCAGCUUCGGACCAUGUCCGGACUGAACGUCCUCGACUUCUUUCCCGUUGGCAAUUCUGGUGAGCUGUCAGUCCCGGACCACUUCGAUUUGACCUGUGCUGCGAUCGUUAACGUGUUGAAAUUUGGUCUCUCUGCCACCUCCGCGGACAACGCUGCAGCUCUGGCGCGCUUGCUGCCCAUGGAGCAGGCCAUGCUUUCGGCGCGGGGUAGGCUGCGCAUGCAAGCCCUCCGUCAUAUAGGCGACUUUCAGGGGAGGGGGUCGCGGGGGACCUUCGCCGACCUCCCCA